AUGACACUUAAGAGGGUACGAGAAUGGGAGAAACUCGAGCGUCUACACGCCAGGUUUGCGAACCAUCUGCAUUUUACUAUGCACUGCAAACAUCACAACGUCACGCCAGUCAGCAUUAAGGUGAAGACAUCUAUCAAAGGUGAGGCAGCUAAGAAAGUCAUCCACAGAACACAGCUAGCCCUUUUGAACAUCAGAAUAAGCGAAAUAAUGUAUAAAAUCAAGACUUUCAAGAGCCUCAUAGCCGACGUGAACGAAGAACUGUUUACCACACUACCCGCUGACGUAUACACAGAAGUACACAACUGGGUCUCACAUGCGCACCGGGCUGAGUGGGAGAAAUGUCAACAACGACAGAGGAAGAAAUUUGAUCUCCUUCGCGUUCGUCAACAAACCACGGAUAACAACAAGAAAGCCCCCAUCACUGCAGUAAGUGACACCAUGAUUGAGAACACUAAAUCCAAAUGGGUGAUCAACAAAUCUGACAAGGGACUCUCCACACAUGAGCUUUCUGUCUUAAGAAAAGGUUUGAACUAUGCCAUCACCCCUCAGAAAUUACCAAUCAUGGAGUUUAUCACCGCCCUGGAAAAGGCUUGCAAGUUCAUAGGCCCCGACACUGAGGAAGCAGCCCACCUCAGGUCUGACUGUGUACAUCUGUUGAAACAUCGUAAGAUGCCACCGAGCAACAUCACCAAAGAGGAACGACUUGCACUGGACGACCUUAGGAAGGACUCCAGCAUCAUAAUACUCCCUGCGGACAAGGGCAGAGCCACGGUCAUCAUGAACAAAAGUGAGUACCAGGACAAAUGUAGUGACCUUCUAAAUGACUCCACAACCUACUGUAGACUCAAGAAAGACCCAACCAACAACUAUAGUGACAAACUUACCAAGAUCCUUAGACCAUUAAAAGACCAGGAACUGAUAACGUAUGAACAAUACAGAACCUUGUACCCUACCUCUACAGAACCGCCCAAGUUCUAUGGAUUACCCAAAGUCCACAAACCGGACUGCCCCCUACGUCCGAUUGUGGCAACGCGAGGGUCUAUUAUGUACCAGACAGCUAGGUUUGUUGCUAACAUCCUUGCACCUAUGGUUGGAAAAACACAGCACCACCUGAAAAACAGUGGGGAGCUCGUGGAAAGGAUGUCCCAGGUCACUCUGGACGACGACGAAAGUUUGGUGUCUUUCGACGUCUCAGCCUUGUUCACCAGUGUUCCUGUGGAAGAGAGUAUUGUGAUCAUCCGGGACAGACUCACCUGUGAUUCUUCUCUGAAUGAGCGCACAAAACUGUCUCCACUGCAAGUCACUGAACUACUGCGACUAUGCCUCACCACCACAUACUUCAAAUAUGAGGGAAAGUUCUAUUCCCAGGUUGAGGGUGCUGCCAUGGGCUCACCUGUGAGUCCGAUCGUGGCCAACCUCUUUAUGGAAUGGUUUGAGUCACGUGCCCUCACCACCUUCCCUAACCCACCUAAGGUAUGGGUUCGGUACGUUGAUGACGUAGGUGCCGUUUUGAAGUCCAGUCUCAUCGAACCGUUUCACCAUCACCUUAACUCGAUCCACCCCAACAUCAAGUUCACUAAAGAACUUGAAGAGAACAGAUCCCUCCCGAUGUUGGACGUGCUCAUGACCAGAAAGGAUGAUGGUAGACUGAAGUUCAGUGUGUUCCGUAAACCUACGCAUACGGACCAAUACUUGCUCUUUGAUAGCCACCAACCGAUGGAACACAAGAUGGGAGUUAUCAGAACCCUAAGACAUCGAGCAGACCACCUCAUCACAGAAGUAGAUGAUAAGAACACCGAGUACGAUCACCUCAAAACAGUCCUUUCCAUAGCGGGAUACACCAGGUGGGCGUGGCAGUCCCCUGGUAGGACCAAACUCAUCCCACAUCCUCGCUCUUCCACGGACAGCAGACCCAAAGGUCAUGUUACACUACCGUACGUCGCGGGUGUGACCGAAGCCAUUACCAGGAAGAUCAGGAACACAGGGGUGGCCGUCCACAGUACACCAUGCACUACAAUCAGAAGACUCUUGGUCGCUCCAAAGGACAAAACUGAACCAGAGGACACAUGCGGUGUAGUGUAUCAUCUCACAUGUGAAGACUGCGAAGCCCAGUAUGUAGGUGAAACUGAAAGGGCCCUCAGAAAGAGGAUAUCUGAGCACAAGCGAGAGUCCUCUCCGGUGGCACAACACAUGCAGACUUACAAACACCAACCGGGGAAGAAAGUCACCAUUCUAGACCGUGAAAGUAGAUGGUUCGAACGAGGGGUCAAGGAAGCUGUGCACAUCAGGUCCCGCUCCCCGUCCCUCAACCGUGACCAAGGACGCCACAGGCUCCCACCAAUCUACAACUCCCUCGUCCAGUCACGUGAUCUGGGUGACCUUUGA